ACCUGGAGGCUCUCGAGUAUAAUGGCUGUCUGCAGUAGUUGCUCAAGCCGACCACAGGCCUAAAAUCGGCGCAUCGCGACCCAGGAACGAGCCCUGAACUACCAAACCCAAACGGAGCACUUGUGAUCUACCUCCUACAUCACUCGUACCUUCUCGAGAAAUGGACGACUUUUCAAAACGCUGGAACAAUCAUCUUCGGCGAUCAUCGCGAAAGACACCCGACAUCUGGUAUCCACUGUGUGAUCAAGAUGCCUGCGAGGAUUACCAACACCCCCGGGAUGACAACGCCGAGCCAGGCUGCCCCAAAGAGAAUCACAUCACAGAUUCCCACACCCAGCUGAUUGAUCACUAUGGCACGGUGGAACGUACGGCUUGGGUCCAGCCUCAACGACCGGCUGCAGAGUCGUCGGGUGACAGCCCGGAGACGUCCGCUAGGCCUGCACGCCCGAUCUUGAAUGACCGUGACCGCCGAAGCAAGAGGGCCAGCCCCACCCGAAGCGUCAAAACGGUGAGGUUCAGGAGCGUUUCGCCUCCAAAGCCGGCUAAGGUUCGACAUGCAACCCUUCGGGGGGUCGCCUCCCGCGUAGGCAGGCUAUGGAGUCCUCACGACAACAAUGCCGCUACCGCUCCACGCACGUCUAAAGCAACCUAUUGGCGCGAAAGCUCCUCGGGUCUAGUCAGCAAACCAUGUCACCAGCCUCGCUCGUCUCCUCCGCCUCGCCUUCGCCGAGCAACCCCCGCGGCCAUCCCGCCAGUGGACGAUGACUCGACAGAUAUUAUCAAGCAACCCGAAACCCACCCCAUCUCCCAGGAGCAGCUGGUGGCCGAGGUCAAAGGCAUCUACGCCGGCCUGGUCAUGGUCGAGAGCAAAUGCAUCGAAAUACAGAUUCAGCAAAGUUCGCAAACCGACCCGGCCAACAAGCUCAACAACGAUCAAUGGCAGGCCUUGACUGCUCUCCACCGCACCCUCAUCCAUGAGCACCACGACUUCUUUCUGGCCUCCCAGCACCCCUCAGCAAGCCCAGCAUUGAGAAGGUUGGCUGCCAAGUACGCCAUGCCGGCCCGUUUGUGGCGACACGGCAUCCACAGCUACCUGGAACUCCUACGGCAUCGCCUGCCGGCCAGCUUGGAUCAUAUGCUCACAUUCAUCUACAUGGCCUACUCGAUGAUGGCCCUGCUCUACGAGACGGUGCCUACCUUUGAGGACACAUGGAUUGAGUGCCUUGGAGAUCUCGGCCGCUACCGAAUGGCGAUUGAAGACGACGACAUCCGGGAUCGAGAGGUCUGGACAGCUGUUUCUCGACAUUGGUACAGUCGUGCCUCCGACACGGCUCCGAUAACAGGAAGGUUCUACCACCACCUGGCCAUCCUCGCCCGCCCCAACGCGUUGCAGCAACUCUACUACUACUCCAAGUCCCUGUGCGUAGAGAUGCCAUUCCCCUCUGCGCGGGAGAGCAUCAUGACUCUCUUCGAGCCCAUCAUGUCCCGCACUCCGAAUCACCAGCAGGCCAGACUCCCACCCACCGAGCUCAACUUUGUGAAAACCCACGGCAUCAUGUUUAGCGGGAAGCAGAUGGAGGAGCUGGAGUCCGCAAUGGGAGCGUUGUUCCAUUCGCUCGAUAACCACAUCGGCCGUUCCACCCGCCGAUGGCUCGAAUCAGGGUAUCACAUGGCCAUCUCCAAUAUUUGUGCCUUAACUGGGUAUGGCGAUCAAACCAACCUUAUCGCUGCAGCCCUCAAAGCCUUCUCCCGCACCAACCUCAAGCCUGCUGGAUCCCAAGACCAACCCAUGCGAGAAGCGACCGCAUCCGAAACCCCAUCGGUCAACGCCAAGCUUGCCACCUCGAACAGCACCAACCAGCUCCCCAACGCCCUCCGGCUCCUCACCGGCACUUACGACGUCGUCUGCCGCCGCUUCGGCGACCCUAACAUCCUUCCGUUCCUGCACGUUACCCUCGUUUUUGUGCACCACCUUACGUUCUGCCCCGAUGCCAUGGCGUAUCUGGCGCCGCACUUUCCUUGGAAGCUCACGGCUCUCAUGCUCAAUACGUUGUUGAAGGGAUCUUCUUCUUCGUCUCCAAACGCUUCGCAGGGUAGCGGCCUGGCUAGGCUCUUGGAAAGUGACCAGUUCCCGGGCGCUGUGAAGGAAGGCAAGGACGUAAAGGAGGGAGUGGAGGGCGCCGGGCGGCGGAGGCGGCCGCUGCCGGAUGAUUUUGCCAUCAGGGGCUUUUCCUGGGCGGAAAAAUAUCUCCCUGACGGGUGGUUUGUCACGGAGGAGAAAAUUGACGACGAUGAGAAGUACUUUGAGCUGGCCAGUAUGACGGAGGAAAGGAGCGAGCGAGUGGUUUGGCUCGGCUGCCGCAUCGCCAAGAGGGAGGGCGGGAGGUGGCUGAAGUUGGAUAACAAAGAAAAGCGGUUUGGCGUGAGCCACGAGUACGAGGUGAAACUGGAUCUGGAGGUGCCCGGCCAGAACCCCAUCAUCCCCGGGGAGACUGUAGAUUAUGGGGAGCUCCAUGAUGCGGGGACCGUUGCAUGAAUAACGACAGUUGAAGAUAUAGUGAUAUUUGACCCGUUGAUGCAAACAAAAGGAUCCAUGAGGGUGUGACUACGUCGCGGUGAUGCGACACACAUAGCCUGACAUAGUCACUGGAGUGGCGAGAAGAGACAUGGUUGGGUGGCUGGCAGGGUGCUUU